UUUGGAGUUAACAUAAUUGUAAAAUAAAUCUAAUUCAAUUUUAAAAUUAUCAAAGAAUUCAAAAAUUUGUGUUCUGGCAAUAUUAUUUAGUUUGUGUAUUGAAUAGUAAAUCUAUAAAAACUGCUUUGGUUCUACACAUUUAUUUGAAAAUGUCAUCUAAGAUUAAAAUUGGUCAACAUGCUAUGGUAUGUAAAGAAAUUAAAGUAAAGGGUCAAGUAAGUUUUGGUGCGUCAACUAUAAUUCAUCCUGGUGUUACGAUAAUAGCUGAAGCUGGACCUAUUGAAAUAGGUGAAAAUAAUAUAAUUGAAGAAUAUGUUAAUAUCAUUCAUAAAUUUCCUUCAGGAGAAGAAAAACCAGAACCUAUAACACUAAAAAUUGGUUCCAACAAUGUAUUUGAAGUAUAUUCAACGAUUGAUGGAGUUAGUAAAAUUGGAGACAACAACAUAUUUGAAUCAAAAAGUUAUGUUGGUCGAAAUUUAUCAAUUGGCAAUGAUUGCAUUAUUGGAGCUGGAUGUCAUUUAACAUCUACUGUGCCGAUUGAAGAUGGUGUUUGUGUGUAUGGUAAAAAUUGUACAAGGCAAAAAGCAUUUUGUAAGCCAUCUGUUCCUGCAGGCCAUCGUGAGUUUCUUACAAAAUUGUUACCAAGUUACCAUCUAUUGAGAAAAAAUAAAAAUCCAGUUGAAGGAAAUUAAUACAUGCAUAAUUUUAAUCAACUGCAUCAUGCACUUACUGUAUUAAUUCUUAAUUAAUUAUUAAUUAAUACAUGUAUUAAUACAUACUGUA